GGAAUUGGUUAGAGUUGGCAGUGUUGGUUCAUCCACACCACGAAGCUCAUUUAUAGUGCCUCCUGGUGUUGUUGCCGGUGCAAAUAAUAAUCGCAACGGUAUUGGCAGUGACGGAAGCAAUAGUUUUGAUACAAUAUCUAUUGGUGUGAAUCAUCAUUCUAUUGUUUCAUCUCCAUACGUUAUUAAAGGUAAUAGUGGUGGGGGUAUUGGUGGUAUCAACAUCAGCACUGGAGGUGACGAAGAAGAAGAAGAAGACGACGACGACGGUGAAGAAGAGGAAGAGGAAAUUAUUAAUUUGCCUACAAAUUCAAAUAUUGAUCAUCGUCAGUCAAUACAAUCGACAUCACUCACUUCAAAAAGAGGUUCCUUCAAUCAGCGAACUAGAUUUCGAAGUGGCAGUGGUGGUUUAUUGAUUCGACGGCAAUUAUCUUCAAAAGCACGACCUAACAGCAGUGUAUUAUUUCAACGACACGCAUCGCUUGGUUGUUCACCAAAUCGUCGAAAUCGGGCUAUCAAUUUUGAAAGGUCCGACGAUCAAAAUUUGACAGAAAAUAGUGGUCCACACAUAUCGACACCAUUUUGGCAUUCCAACUAUCGUUCGGUUGUAACCACCGCAACAACGGGUUCGUCACCACAUCUUGGUAGUAGUUUUGGCGGUGGCAGUAAUCCAUUACAAUUAUGUCGUUGCAGUUCUGGUGGCGAUCCACUUUCAUUACCGUCCGCGUCCAAUACACCUCCUCCUCAUACAUCAUCGUCAACAGUGCCACCCCAAACACCACCCCCAUCACAUUAUCAGUAUCAACAGAAUCAACAUUAUCAUCAAUUGCCUCCUCAUUCAUCCGUUGCUUAUAUGCGCCUUGCACAAUCGCUGCCAUCAACGCCAAAUUCUUCCCAACGGCGGGCUCAGCCUACUCAUCGUUCAGUAGCUUCAUCAUCACCAAUGCGGCCUUCUAUCUGUCAUCAGCAGCCAUCAUUAUUACCCGGACAUUCACAUUUUCAUCAUCAUCAACAGCAGCAGCAGCAACAUCAUUAUCCUUAUCCUCUUCAUCAUCAACUCGAUUCGAAUUAUCAAAGUCAAACAGAAAGUGUCGGUAGUGUUCAUUUUGCCGGUGUUGGACUGCCACCGUCAUCAUCACAUCAUAUUCAAAAGAAUAGUUAUAAUCAACAACCACAACAGACACAAUAUGGAAGUCAUUAUGGAUCAUCGAAUAUUCUUGGUGCCAAUUGUAUAGGCAUCGGUGCCUCGUCUAGUAGUGCUGCAACUACUGUUGCACCUUUAUUGCCAGUAACUAAUGAUAGUCCAGCUUCGUAUCGAUCAGGACAUCAACUUAGCCAAACAACAAACGAUCACAAUAGUGCAACAAUACAACCGGGUGAUUCUCAUAUACAUCCGCCUUCUUUGCCUCCACAACAUCAACUUCAUCAUCAUCCACAUCAACCAGUGCCACAACCAUCACAUCAACAUUCUGGUCCACCAAUACAAUCAUCACAUCCAACAUCUCAUUCAAGACCAGGUACAAGUGGUGGUAAUGGUGCUGGUGAUGAUUCCGGUCUACCAAAAGCAACAUUUCGUGUAUUUCAAAAUUUGACUCCUCGCCGUUCAUCACAAUCACAGGCUAAUAGAACUUUUGUUCGUCGUGGUUUUCAAAUUGGUGACAAUCUACGAUCGUCUUCCUCAGUCAUGCAUCGGCAUACUUCACAUGGUCCAUUUUCAUCAUCAUCGGCGCCAUUAAUGAAACUAUCAACAUUAGUUAUUGUUUUACUUGCAUUCUUAAUCAUUGGUUUUAUUGUUCUAUCGCCACUUUUUCAUUAUCUUAUGUGAUAAUACAUGGUGACCACAAAAAAUAUACAUACAAACACAACUAUAUAUAACAAUUCAAACAUAACAAUUUAACCAUAUAUGGACAGACGA